CCGCGGGAAAAGUUGAAUUUUGUUAAACUUUUUGCAUUUUAUUUUUUAAUUCUAUUUAAAUUAUUGUUUUUAUCAUCAUGUCAACGACAUAUAUGAAAGAUGAACAUCCUGAUGUUUUAGCUCGUAAAUUUUACCAGUCUACAUCCCAUACAAAUGCAGGAGAAUGGAGUGAAAGCAUUUUACAUCUGCGCAAAAUCUAUAAAGAGCUGAAACAAAAGCCUAUACCUGUCGAUUUAAAAUCAAGGCUAGAUGGACCAUCAGUAUCUUGGGAGAUUUUCAGACGUUUAAAUCCAGCAUUAGUAUAUGCAGAUUCUCGUACUAAGGAUUGUAUGAUUUUCUCUUUUGAAGAAAGAUCUGCUAAUAAUUCUGGUCAAAGACUAUUUCUUGUAACACAUCCUCAACAUCUUUGGUUAAAUUAUAAGUCACGUCCUUUGGAGGCACGAUGUACAUAUGAAGUGAUAAGAGAAGGAGUACCAUGCAAGCUUUAUUUUGAUUUGGAAUUCUAUAAGAUGUAUAAUGCACAUAAAGAUGGAAUUAAGAUGACUAAGAUAUUUAUAGAGUGUGUUAUCAUCUCAAUAUUUGAAGAUUUCAACUUGAAAAUUUCAACUUCAGAUGUUUUAUGGUUGGAUGCAAGCACAGAAAAAAAGUAUAGCUGUCACUUAAUUUUACAAAUGAAAGAUUUUGCAUUUAAAAAUAAUUUUGAGGCUGGUGAUUUUGUAUCAUCAUUGAUUUAUAAGAUAAAAAGAAAAGCUGAAGGUUCCAGUGACACCAGUUUUGGUUGGCCUUUGAUAGAGGAGCUAAAAUAUAUGUUUGUUAAUGACAGUGACGGAAAAAGUGUCCACUUUUGUGAUGCAGGUGUGUAUACUAAAAACCGCAAUUUCCGAAUAUUCCUGUCUACAAAAUAUGGCAAAAAUGCACCAUUGCUUCUUUCACAACAUAAUCAAUAUAUGUUUUGCACUGGUGCAACAUAUACUGAUAAAAAUGAAGUUAUUUUUUAUGAUUCUCUUGUUACUUUUUUCAGAAAUGGUUCCAACUUCACAAAGCUUUUAAGUUAUGAUACAGACAGAAUCCCUGAAAAAAUUCCCACAAGUACUUUAUCAUCUAGAAGAAAAAUUGAUAUUUCUGGUACUCCUCAAAAUAGCAAAUCUCCUUAUCCUGAAGUUGAUAACUUUAUUUUAAAUGUAAUUAAAGACAACAUAUCAGUAGGGUUCAUUCGUAAAUGGUCUUAUCUACAAACUGAAGACAUUUUAGUUUAUGAAAUUGGAAAUUAUCGAUUUUGUCACAACAUUGGUCGCCACCAUAAAAGUAAUAAUAUUAUGUUUAUUGUUGAUAUGAAAAGAAAAAUUUACUACCAGAAAUGCCAUGAUCCUGAAUGCCGAGCACAAUGCUACAAAUCUGCAUCACAAAAUCUACCAGAUAAUAUCAUAUCUUUGUACAGUAUGCCAGAUGAUUUCUUUGAGAAUGACUGUUUUUCACAGUUAGAAAGUGAUUCAAAUAAUAAAUCAAAUCUUGCAAGCAAGGAGGUUAUUAAAAAUGAAGACACUUGUGUAGAUGAAUUUUUUUUAGAUGAUGUGUCCCUUGAUUCCUAUCCUUUUACACAACUUCAAAAUUCUAAUAAAAAUUGUGACGAAUUAUCAGGCGAAGGAGCUGAUAUCAAUGAGUCUUUAAUGGACAAUCAAAAUUCUGAUCUAAAAUGUGAUAAAUCAAUAAGUGAAGGAAUUAAUACCAAUGAAACUGUAAAUAUCAAUCAAAAUCUUGAAGACAGCUUUUUAGAAGACACAACAUUUGAUCAUUUAUGUAUGGGAGACUUAGAAUCUGAAUUUGGGAAGAGUACAACUGAAAAUGGAAAUUUAAAAUUAGAAGACUCCAGUGGCUUCUUUGAGAGCACUUUCAUUGAAGAUCCAUUUAAAGAUACGACAGGUGAAGAAAUGUCUUUAGAAGAUGAAAUGAUAAUGGCUGAGGCUGCAGCAGCACUAGAAGUAUCAAUGGAUGAAUCUAUAGUUUUAGAAGAAACAAUAUUUUAGCUAUUGUUUACCUAAACGAAUCCUUUGGGAAAACAAACAAACAAAACUUUAAAACCUGUAUUCAUACAAUUUUGUAUCUGUACAAAUAACUAAUUCAAUUUUUAAAAACCAUGACAUACCCAAAUGAAGGUGAACUGGUAAUUGUCGUCUGUGUCAGGAAAAAUCUUUCAUGAAACAAUUCGCAGCAAUGCGUCGUUGAGUGAGACAAAAAUAAAUAAACUAAAAUUGCCUUACCAUAAAACCUUCCCAAACUGAACUAUUAUAUUCAUGUUAGUGAGAAUAAAUAUAUGUCAGGCAAUGCAAUUUUCCUAUAGUAUAAUGUUUUUUUACUCAAAUUUAAAAAAAAUUAUAUUUGAUCUAAUUCUGGCAUUUCAGCUAUGCUCGCAUACAUACUAAUGAUUUAAAUCACCCCUCCAAGUGAUAGACAUUCUAUUCUAUACACAUUGUUCAUUUGACUAUUUGUAUUGAUUCCACUAACACCUUUUAUUGACAAAAAGUGGAUUGCUGAGUGCUAGUAAAAUAUAAAACAUGUCCAGAUUAAAGUUGUACUAUGGUUCAAGUACAAAAGUAGCUUGUUUGGAGUAAUUUAUAGCUAAAUAUUAUUUAUAUAUUUAUUUGCUUUAUUCUUUAAUAUAACACUUCUAAUUGUUUUAUAUUGCAUUUUUCUUGAUAUACAUCGUUACAUAUCGGGAAAUGUCAAAGUUAUAUCAUGAAGAAAAACUCUUGAAUCAUUGUAUAACUUUCAUUUGGGCAUGUCUUACAUUUUUAAAAAAUUUGAUCUGUAUUUUGAAAUUUUAUUCAUUUUAAAGAAUAUAGAAAUAAAUAUAUAAAUCUUGUGCUGAACUUUUGAAAUAGGCUCUUGUGUCAGUUUUUGUAAAGGUUGAUUUAAUUCUUAAAAGGGAAAAAUGGUGUUUAAAGAAUGUAAACAUUUUACAGAUUAUAUUUUGCUGUUUGAGGAGCAUUGUAUUUGGGUUUGCUGAUUACAUCUUUAAUUUUAUGAAGUAAAUUAUGUCUUUAUAAAAAUGUGAAUAUAUAUUAGAUGUUUGUUUUUGAAUUUAUUUGCUACACGUAAAAUUAUUUUAAUCCAAUCUUUAAUAUGUAAAUAUUUUUGUUAUGUUAAGACAACUAAAAUAUGUUUUACUAAAAAUUUUUCAUGAUACUGCCAUUAAUUGUUUA